CCUGGGUGAAUCACAACAAUGGCUGCCUGGCGUGUUAGCAUUUUACCACUUGUGAUCUUUUACGCAUUUAGCAUUCAUUUUUUUUUGACUGUGUGUCACAGUGUCAGGCAUGCAUAGAGAAGUGAGUGAGGUUGUCGUGUAGAAAGCAAGAAACCUGCUGUGCCCGUUUUUUUGUGGUCAAAAUGAGCGACGUUGUGGAGAAAACGCUGACAGCUCUGCCGAGCCUCCUGUCGUUAGACUCUCAACCAGGAGCUGCAAAACUAUCUUCCACCUCCAAACUCGGAAGCUUCAUCAGAGGAAUCACGGAGCUGACGUCCAAGCAUGAAGAAGAGAAACUAAUUCAGCAGGAGCUGGCUGCUAUUAAAGAUCAAGCGUCCUCCCCAAACACAUCCAUGCGGCAGAUGAAGGAGCUCAUGGUGAGAGCCAUCUACUGUGAGAUGUUGGGUUAUGAGGCCUCCUUCUGCUACAUUCAUGCCAUCAAACUGGCUCAACAAGGCACUGCUUUGGAAAAGAGAGUUGGUUACCUAUCUGUGGCCUUGUUUCUGAACGAAAGUCAUGAGCUGCUGCUUCUUCUCGUAAAUACAGUCCUAAAGGAUCUGCAGAGCACAAACCUUAUUGAAGUGUGCAUGGCUCUUACUAUUGUCAGCCAAUUGUUCCCCAAAGAUAUGAUACCUGCAAUCCUCCCUUUGGUUGAAGAGAAGCUAACUCACCCAAAAGAAAUAAUUCGAAGAAAAGCAGUUCUGGCACUAUACAAAUUCUACCUAACCGCACCCAAUCAAGUUCAGCACAUCCAUAACAAGUUUCGCAAAGCUUUGUGUGACAAGGAUCCUGGUGUUAUGACAGCCUCUCUGCACAUCUACUUACAGAUGAUCAAGGAGAAUCCAGAAGGUUACAAGGACUUGACAGGGAGUUUUGUCACCAUACUCAAGCAGGUGGUGGCUGGAAAACUUCCAAUGGAUUAUAACUAUCAUAGUGUUCCUGCUCCCUGGCUUCAAAUCCAGCUUCUCAGAAUUCUGUCCUUAUUAGGAAAAAAUGACGAGAGUACAAGUGGGAUCAUGUACGAAGUUCUUGACGAGUCCUUACGAAGAGCAGAAAUGAACCAUAACAUCACUUAUGCAAUAUUGUACGAAUGUGUAAAAUGUGUUUACACAAUUCAUCCAAAGGCUGAACUAUUGGAAAAAGCUGCAAAAUGUAUUGGAAACUUUGUUCUGUCACCGAAGAUUAACUUGAAAUACAUUGGCUUGAAAGCGCUCACGUACGUGGUCCAGCAGGAUCCACAACUGGCCCUGCAGCAUCAGAUGACCAUCAUAGAAUGCCUGGAUCAUUCAGACCUCAUCAUCAAGCGUGAGACACUGGAGUUGCUCUUUAGAAUCACAAACGCCCAGAAUGUCACCGUUAUUGUGGAAAAGAUGCUGGAGUUCUUGCGUACCUGUCAAGAUGACUACACCACCAUGGACCUGGUUGGGAAGGUUGCAGAAGUGGCGGAAAAAUAUGCACCUAACGACAACAAGUGGUUUAUUGACACCAUGAACACUAUGUUCUCAUUGGGUGGAGACUUGAUGCAGCCUGAUAUCCCCAACAAUUUCCUUAAACUGCUGUCUGAAGGGUUUGACAGCGGGGAAGGGGACAGAAAGUUGAGGCGCUUUGCUGUGGAUUCUUACGUGUCUCUACUGCAGGGAGAGCCUGGCAAUCUGCCUCAGCGCUUCCUGCAAGUCAUCAGCUGGGUCCUUGGAGAAUAUUCUCAUUUGAGAACAGAUCUGGAACCAGCCACAAUCCUGAAUCUUCUGGCCAAGCUUUUGGAUUUAAAGCAUGCCAAUAGUGAAACAAAAAGCUGGGCCCUCAUGGCAAUGACCAAGGUCUGUGAGAGUGAAGCAGGUAUGGCAGUUCUUCAAGGAAUAUGUGAAAUGCACUGCAGCUCCAUGGACACCGUGCUGAGACAAAGGGCUCAGGAGCUGCAGAACCUCAGCCUGCAUGCUGAGCUGAGGGCUAAGGUGCUACCUCAAGAUAUUUCCAUGGAGCCUCUGGAGGUAGAUUCCUCUCUGUCAUUUCUGGAUGAAUUUGUGUCGGAAGCACUGGCUGCCGGUGCUGCUCCUUACAAAGCUCAUCAUCAACGUCAGGAAGAGCUUGCCCAGGAAAAAGUUUUAAGCCUGGAGCCCUACAGCCUGUCGUUACCUAUUGGCAUGUCUUCAUGCAGCUUUCCCGACAGACAAUCCCCCACCCUGCCAUCAGUGAGCUCUGGUCUGUCUGGUGACAGCACAGAUUUCUCGCAUAAAGCAAGUGCCACAACUCUAAAGCUCGAUAAAGUAAAACGAGUUUGGGGGAGGGAGGGCUACCUGGCCAAGAAGGAGCCUGCAGAGGAACCUGCUCUGAUUGAAGCACACAGUCCAGUCCAUUCAGCGGACCAGGUGGGUGAGUUCAGCAUCUCACAGAGCCAGACCUCGCCUCCAACUGUUGCUGCCAAACAAGAGAAGCAGCAGCUAGCGUCCUCACUGUUUGUCGGCCUGGGCUCCCAGACGUCUGAAUCCUUGAUGGGAAAGUCAGAGCUGACGCCCCAGAUGUUUAGGAGGAAGGACAAAGGUCAGGUCUCAUCCUUAGAAGUCGGCAAGCAAACACCCAACUCUGUCAUCCCUCCUCCCAACAGCGUGGACAACCUGCUGUGUAGCAUCCUGCUCGAUUCAAACACAGACCCAGAAACAUCUUUACCCGCACCCAAACAGAAUGGUAUUGCCCUUUUAGAGGGCGGGCAGCCUGAGAGCGACAUGAAGACACUCGAGACUAGUCCCACCAGGGAUAGCGGCCGAAUGGCUGCGGAGACUGAAGAACCAGUCAGAACUAAAGACAUAUGUCUCGCUUCCUACCUUCCUGCUGACUGCAUCGGAGCGACCCAUUCUGAAAUCACUCCUCUGUGUUCCAGCCAGUCUGUGGAUCUCUUUGCCUGCCAUGUGCACAAAGAAGACUGUUUGGUGCUUGUUGUUUUCAUUUCCAACUCCUCCGCCACUCGUGUGCGUUUACUUGCGCAGCUGGACUCAGAAGAAGUUGAGGUGUCCUGUAUCUGUGAGAGUCCAGUCGAGGAGGUGAGAAGCCACUAUGUAGAAGUCUGGCAAUAUUCCCUGACUGUCAAGCGGCCUUCAGUUCAUCUUGUCGUGUCAGGACUGGUUUCUUUCCACAUGGCUACUGGGACUCCCCACACAGCCAAGUUCUCAUACAAACUCCCUCUUAUCUCAUUCAUCAGACCUUUGACGCUGUCCACAGAAGAGUAUGGGACAAUGUGGCUGGCCUUCUCGCAUGAUACAAAGCAGAACCUGACGCUUAUCACAGGCGUCCAGGACCCUCUGAGGGCCACUCUGAACGUGCUGGAGAGGAAACUUCACCUUCAUGUGGUGGAGAUAAUAGGAAUGGAAGGAAUUGUCGCUUGCCAGCUCCUGCAGGAUCAGCCAUGUUUGAUGCACUGCAGAGUGCACGCUGGCACGCUUGCCGUGUGGCUACGCUCUACGGUCCCCGACCUGCCCGACUGCCUGCUCUACCACUGUCAGAGAGCGUUACAGGAACACUGAAGACUGGCACUGCUGAGCUGCAUUAGCUCAAAAAACAGUAGCGGAGAACAGAAAGAGAGUUGACGGAAGGCUGGUCUCUGCAUUACAGUGUUUAUGACAUGCAUCAUACACUGGGCCACCGUUUCUGAAGAGAAAACACAUGCUUAAGUUCUGGACCCAAAGAUUUAAAUCGUCAAAAUAACACAAAUGUCUUAAAAUUGUGACAGGGCUUAAUGAGGAUUUGAUCAUUUUGGAGACAAUAACAUUAACAAUUAAGGAUGUCUUAGUGUUGACGUUUUUAGUCUCAAGUUGAUCAAACUACCAAUGCUGACUACUUGAAAAGACAAAAAUCUGCUUGCAUCAGCUGGCUAACAGGAAAUGCUGAAAAUUUACUGUCGAUUAUUGUGUGUGUGUCAAAAAAUAUGUUGCAUUAUUUGAGGGAAUAUCCUACGCUAUCUCAUAGCAAUGCUGAUAUUUAUAAGUUUUAAUGCAGGGAGAAAGUGGGUUAAAAUGAAGUCACGAGACUGUUAAGUCUUAAUUGUGUCAAUGAAACCUCUCCAUUACAUCUCUACCGUCCAUUACUCAUGUGGCAAUCUAUGCACUCAUCUUUCUGGUUGUCAUUUUAUGGUGGAUUGUAGCUAAUAUAAUAUUUUUUGUAUUCAUGCAAUAUUGCAGAAACAUAUUUAUUGGCUUUAUAUUCUUAGUGAAAGUAUUUUAUAUUAGUUUCAUUUGAAUUAAAAACCAUGACAGUACUGUUAGUCAGAUGUAGGGGAAAGGACAUUUUCUUUUGUUGUGCUUAUCCUGAUAGGAAGUGUGAUAAAGCAAAACUUUAAACCUAUGCCUUAUGUUCUAAAGCCAAGGUGUUUGAUUUGUGCCUGUGGUACAGAGUUAAGUAAUAUGCUUGAUGCACUAUGAUUCUACUAACUUCAAUAAAUUCACCAUGUCAUUUAACAUGAUUGUGAUGGGUGCUUUCAGGCUGUCUACAUUUACACAGGGACUUAAUGUGUAUGACUUUUUAACUGUCAUUUCAAAUUUGGUCAUUUUCAGCUAAUAGAGUUGUUAAAAGUAAUCGUUAAAGAUUGAAAGGGGUGUAAAUUAAAGUCACCUCACAACGUGAGUUGUUUUUUUUUAUAUUAUAGGUUAUUUUUAUUCAUGUUAAUGCUCCCAUGAGAUCUGUUACAUGACAACUGGAAAUUUGUGUGUUACGUUAUAAUAACAGGAAAAUGAUUAGGAAGCCCUAACUUUGUGACAGAAAUAUAGUCCAGAGAUAUUUGAAUGGUGACAAACUUGAGGAAUUUUGUUUUAAAAAUUAUUUAUUUGUAAUAAAACAGUCAACAUGUGACUGAAGUGUAGACUUUCACCUCUUAGCAGUCAUACUUGCCCAUACAGUAACACCUCCACCAUGGUUGAACAUGAGCUGUUCAUCAUUUCCAUUGAGAUUCAAUCUCAAUUAUUUUCUGUCAUGCACCCCUAGGGGACAGAUAUGUCUUCAGCCCCCUUCUUCAGUUUUGUUCAUUUAUUGCACAGUACUGCACAUUUAUAAACUUAAAAAUGAACAAUUAAUACUUUGUAAAAUGUUAUUUAACUUUAUUAUUUUGAGUGUCAUGCAGGCCUAUCUUUUGGCUGUUUUGUACACUAGAUAUGACAGACUGGUGAAACUGUUGCAAGUUAAUAUUUAUUUCAGAGUGUGAUGAAAUGUUAACGCUGGUUACUUUGUUGAUUGAUUUAAGGCAACAUUUACCAUUACCCACACAGUGAUGCAAGUGUAGUGACAAUUAUUUACAGUGAUUAUGACAUCUGGACUUCAGCAAGGGGAGCCAAAUAAAACAAUAUGCAUUGAUUUGAAAGCUGCCUCCACUCUAACUGGUAGCUUGAGCCAAUGGUGUCAUGUUACAUAUGCAUGAUUGUUGUGUUCUAGGGAUAAAGUGCAUGGCCAGGUUACGCUCGUCCUCCACCGGCUGCUGAGACAGGUUGUUGGUCUGCCUGAUGCUGCUGAUGGUGUAGCCUUGGCGAGGACACACGGUGAAACGAGAUAGGAGCGUGGCCAGGAUGGCUUUCAUCAUCACCAUGGCGAUGUGCUUGCCCACGCAGGAGCGAGGCCCGCAACCGAACGGCUGGAAGAAACGUUUGGGAACCUGAGAAAGAAAGAGGAUGUCAAGGUUUCACCUAGAGCUGAUGAUAGCUUUUCGCAUGGUGAAAUCAACCACAGGAUGAAACCUUAGAGACUCAUUGAUGAAAACCUCCAUCACUUUCAAACGCGCGUAAUCAACAUUUUCAGCUCCACUUUCACCUGAAACAAGAAGAGUGAGGUGGGUCUGCUCUGUGGCUGGGUUCUGUUUCAGCAGCAUCAGCAUGAAGAAGAGGCUGAUGGAGAGAGUGUCUGGAGCUGCGAUCACCAUCUCCAGCACGCAUUGCCUCACAUUGUCGCCAGAGAGCUCCCCUUGGUUCUGUGCAAUGGUCAAGUCAGAGUGAGUCAAACAGUGGAUGAUGUACAGUAUCUCACAAAAGGGAGCAAGCGUUUAUUAUAUUUUCUCAGUGGACAAUACAAAGUAUACUGGAUAUAACUUCAGAAUAGUCACUGUACAGCUUGGAAAGCAGUGCUGUCCGAAAAACAUAGAAAUUAUUGUCUAAAUAGCUGGCAACAGAAAAGAGUGCACCUCACAGUGAACAUGUCCAAAAUAUCAAUAUACAGUCAAACCUGUCUAUAGCAGCCACUGAAGGGAAACGGCAAAAGUGGCCGCUAUAGACAGGUUGGCGGCCAUUUUGAAUUUGUGCGCACACAUAUUAACAUGUAUUCACAAAAAGACUGGAAUAAAACCAAGAGACAUAGGGGAAAACGCUCUGCUGACACAUAAACAGGUAGGUAAAUCUAUGUAACAGCUCCGGUGAGGAAACUAGUAAUAUCAACAACAAUGAACCAGCGCCGCACAUUCGACGGCACUGGCCUUUUAUCCGCCACAAAUGUUAAUUGACCGCAGCUGCGUGGCCACCAGGCAUGAAGCGGCUGCCUCUUCCUCCCCGAAGAAGGCACAGCCCGCCAAAUAAGAGCGCAGGACACGGGACGCUCACUCCUGUCCUGCAGAACGUCACAAAUUUCCAUCUUUGAUUUUUUUUUAAAACACGAUUUUAAAAGCAAGAAAUAAAAAUUGGAGUGAACGAGCCCGAAGAUAUAUGUACAGGAUACGCGUGAAGCAGUCAUGAAUGGGUGUGUGCGUGAACAAUUGAGUGCGGAGGAGGUGCGAAGAUCGUCGUAAACUAACAAUACCAUCGCUCCUUUCUUAUUGAAUGGGCUUCUAAUCUCUAAUUAGUCGGCAAUUAAGUGAGAUUUUAGAUGUUUUAUUCAGGUGUUUUGGCUAUUUUAGAAUCUAUUCAUGGCAUUGCAAAGUGGGAAGAUUACCGUUAUGGCCGUCAUUGAAUCUUUUCAGGGCGGCAUUGCAAAGUAAGAAGACGGCUUUUUUAUGUCAAACUAGGACUCAGUAAUUAAAGUCUACACACGACGGUUUCAUUGCUUAAAAAACAAAACUUUUUAGUGCAUAAAGCUUCUGCUUGAGUCGGCAUUUUGGCCGCUAAAUGCGGUCAGAUAUUGACCAAGGGAUACAAAAUGGGUGGCCGCGUUAGACAGGUGACCGCUAUACACAGGGCCUAUAACACGCAAAUUUUCUGCGGGGGAUUUUGCAGUGGCCACUAUAGGCAGGUGGCCGUUCUAUACAGGUGGCCGCUAAGACAGGUUUGACUGUAUAGAGUUAGCACCGUUGUUAUCUAGCACUGCGUUAAUCCUCUUACACAUGGAAUUCACCAGAGCUGCACAGGAAUCCUCCACACUUCCAUGAUGACAUGACUGGUGAAGCUGGUAGAUGUUAGACACCUUGCGCUGCUCCACCUUCCUUACACUUGAGGUGCAGGUGCUCAGUUGUGUUCAAGUCUGGAGAUACUUGACCACUCCAUGAGCUUCAGCGUCCUCAUCAAGGUGUGUGUUGAGUCAUUUUCAGUCGAGAGUAAAUUUAUACUCUUAUACAAGCUGCACACUGACUACUCUAAAGUAUGUCUGAAUUUUAUUUCCAUAGUAUUGUCCCUUGACAAGAUACACCGUCAUAAAAAUGGUUGCUAAAAUGUGAGGGGUAUACUCCCUUUUGUGUACAUAUUGAACAAAAAUAAAACGGACAAUUCUGAGGACGUCACCUGGGCAAAGAUGAGCUCAGUUGCAAAGUCGAGCUCAUCAUCCAGCUUCUCUGUUUCUUUAAGAGUGUUUCUUUUUAGUUCAAGGAGCGUCUCCAUUGCAUCUUGUAGCUCCUGGCUGAUGGAGAUGAAGCAAAGCAAUAAUCAGGUAUACGGAGACAGUUGAACAGUUGCACGCUGCUACAAAUAUGACAUUUUUACUGUGUGCUACAAUCUCACGCUGCUAUUUUAUGUUUGUCGUAAAGCCAACCAAUUUUGAAGAAUAUAUUGGGCUUAAUCAGAACUGCUUGCCACGUCUCAAAAUAGUUUUGGAUUUUCCCCAGCAAGUCCUUCUCUGCAAUACAAGACAUAACGGUUUUAUUUUGGCGGUGUGAGUAUUACAUUACUGCAAAUAUGUACUGUGUGUGCGCAUCUGACCAUUGAGAGGCACUCUGAGAAAUAGUUUGUUGGAGAUAUCCACCACUAUGGCUCUCAGCAAAUUGAGAGCGUCCACACGUCCGGACGGAUCCGUCAUGUCUUGGAGGUUAUCCAGAUGUUCUGAUGUGGAGCUCAUGCAGAUAGACACUGUCUUCUUCAGACCGGGUCCUGUCAGGGCUGCCAAUAUGUAAACAGAAGACAUGAAGGCCGAAACAUUUGCAAAGUGUUUGAACAUCGAAUUGGAUUUCCUCAGUUUAUGCUUAAUUUUAUAUGUAUAAGGUAUGAAAAGGGAAUUUCCAAUAACAAUAGUAAAAAAAAAAAAAAACAACAUUCUAGAUCAGAUUAGAUACCAUUGCAGCUUCUGACUGGGCAUACACAUACUACAAUUCAAAUACAGUAAAUAUGUGUACAAAUAAUAGCUCACCUUUGGAGAAAUAAGUCCUCAUUUUUUUCCAGAGUGCCACAUCACUGUUAAAAAUGAGCCCUCUCCCUUCCAUCCCAAUACACUCCAGACCCUUUUUGUUCCCAAAUCGGGCUACGUAGUGGGCGCUCCUCAGAACAUGAUAGACUGCAGAAGACCUGCAAGAGAAGCCCCGCUUGGACUUGUCUUAUUCCAGAACCAUUGCCCUGUUCUAAACACAUUCCCAAAAUGUGUAACUUGCCUGCUUAUAAUGAGAGUCUCCUCACCGUCGAUCCACACUCUCACAAUGCUGCCAUAUUUGUUGUUGUAGUAGUUGCUUGCUGUUCCUAUGCCUGUCCAGAUAAACCUGGCAUAGGAGACAAUUGGGCCGAGUCCCGCUAGGAAGGACGGACCUGGAAGAAGAUAAUAACUUUCUCAUCAUGUACUAUUUGGACUUAUGGCCAUUACACCUACAAGAAGUAAACGUGGGGGAAAUUAUGGAGUUUUUGCAGUUACUAGAGCUUCCUCUCCUUUGGGAAGAUUUUGGAGUCUGUUUUCAUCCAGAAGUACAUUGAUGAGGUCAGGGGUCACUGAGAGAGGGCCUGCUGAUUCAUAAUCUUUGUUCUAGUUCAACCCAAAUAUGAUGGAGUUCUUCCACACCAAACUAAGCAUACACUUUUUUUGUGAGUUGCGAGCUUGAAAGGGCCUUCCUCAAACUGUUCCUACAAAUUUGGAUGCACAGAAUUGUCCAAAAUAACUAUAAGAUGAAGAAUUCAAAUUAAGGGGGGAGCUAAGGGAUCUAGUGAUGUGUCCAAACCAAAGACCUUUGUCCAUGUGGUGUAUGUACAAGUUACAAUACCUGGUAUGUGUGACAAGUGUGUUCGCUCCCAGGUGGUGAAGAGUAGCAACAGCAGAAGAAGUAGCAGUAAAGCAACACCGUCCGACACCACGUCAGUUACAGUGUGGCCCAUGCUGAGUGCCUCCAGCAGCAACAUGGCCUACACACACACACACACACACACUUUAGGCGCUUCACUGUGUUUACUUAAUCUACUAGUAGCAUUUAAAAAAAUAAUAAUGCUUACUUGUGAUUGAUCCUGUCAAAUGAAACAUUGUUUGUUAUUGUGGUUUUAAUCAGGUUGGAGUGGUGUAAAACUGCACUACAUCUGUUUCUAAUAUUUUGCCCCUUUUAAAUAUAGCUAAAAAAAAAGUAACCACAUUAUUAGAAAUACCUAAAGGCAUCAUUUUUGAUACAGCUCUUUAUGAAAUCGUCAUAGUAUGCAAGCAUAAUGUACCUGAUACUUUGGCAAUAGUGUAUUGUCCAUAAGUGUAAAAAACAUC